CUGUUGAAUGUUUGGUGCACAGUGCUGCAGGCUUUUAAGAUGGUGAAAGUACUUCUGCUCCCUCUGAUUCUCCUCCUUACAUCAAAAACAGGUGCGUGCCGCCCGAGACACAAGGAGAUAUGUGUCAAGGAAGGUGAGAUGGUGGCGCUGCAGUGCCCUUCUCACAUUAAUCAUAACAGUGAUGCCAAACCGAUCUGGACCAGUUAUGCCACCCAGGAGGUGGAUCUGACCAACAUGUCAUCAGCUGAGCAGAGGCAGAUGGGAGUGCAGGUUUAUGGGAUGAGCCUUGUUAUUCUCAGUGCAUCUGAAAAUCAUCAGGGGAAUUACUCUUGCUCUCUGGGGAAUGUCAGCAGCCAGUUAUGGUUCAUGCUGACAGUAAACACAGCACAGUCCAGAGAGUAUGAAGAGAGGACCAAGUACUCUAAGACAUGUUACGCACAAGAGUCCUGCAAAUUGAAUUGCCCAGAUGUAAAUAUCCCUGCUGAAAAUAUCCCGAAUAUUACCCGUAACAGCAUCACAUGGCACAAGGAGGGUGAGUCUUUGUCUAAAGACGGUUACUUCUCAAGUGUGGAAGAGAAAGACCACGGUGUUUACACCUGUACCAGAUCUUACCUGUAUCAUGGACAAACAUACAAUAUGACCUUUACAGUGGUACUUGAUGUCAAACCAAAGAAAUCGGAGAAAACUGCAGUAAUCGUUUCGCCACGCAAGAAUGAUGUAUUUCAUGUAGAUUUGGGCUCAACAGUGGUGAUUGAUUGUAAAGCUGUUACAUAUUCGGACUUUGACGGGGUGUUCUGGUUGAGUGGGAAAUCAUUUGUCGACAAAAAGGCCAACUUAUCAGUUUUCUACAAUUGCACACGGGAAAAUAAUGCUGAAGAAAUAAAGAUGACAGCAUCUCUGGUCUUCAGAAAGGUGUCGGAGGAGGAUCUAUCAAAAAAUUAUACCUGUAAACUGGAAACUGUCUACCAAACCUCAAGCUUUGUCACCAUCACUCUGAUCAAAAAAGCUUGCCCUUCAUACAUUUCCCUGGCUCUCAGCGUUGUGGGCAUCUUGGUGGUAAUGGCUGUGGCAUUAGUUAUCUAUGUGAAGUUGAAAAUUGACAUCACGCUUUUCCUAAGAGACACUCUUGGCUGCCAUAGCAGCGGAUCAGAUGGAAAAAGCUACGAUGCCUUUUUGAUGUAUUAUAAGAGCGACACAGAUGAAGGACUAAAUGCUCAUGACAGAAGAUGGCUGGAGAGUGUUUUGGAAGAGACGUUUGGUUACCGUCUCUGUCUUUAUGAUCGUGAUGUCCUACCAGGGAAAGCUGCAGCAGAGGCAGUGUUAGACUGCACAGAGCAGAGCCGGACGGUGGUUUUGGUUCCCACCUCUCCAGAUCCUGGUCCAGGGUCUGGACUGCUGAGUGCCAUCCAUGCAGCCCUUGUGGAGCGGCAGACUCGAUUGAUUUUCAUCAAAACUGAGACAACUGAAAUGUCGAUGUCAGGUUCCUUACACGAGGCCUUACAUCUUCUUACUGAGGCUGGAGACUGUGUCACCUGGAAGGGCGUAAGCUCCAUGCCACCAUCCUCCUCCUUCUGGAAGCAGCUACGUUAUCACCUACCUGUGCCACAGCACGCACCAAAAAUGAGGCUUUUACCACAGACAAUUCAGGAUGUUGCGUUGUGGUAAAAUGUUUAGCCAAGUUGGGUUUACUAGUCAAUGUCAUAUCCAUCUUCACCACCAUCCUGUACAGUAUUCUGUAGUUAAAAUAAAGAAUUCAUAUUGAACUUUCAUUUUGUAACAUUUAAGUGUAGUGUCUUAAUUUUUCCAUAUAACAUCUUGUAUUUCUGAAUUGCCAAAGAUAUGUUUCCUUUUUCAGGAAAAAACUCCUUUAGUAAGACAGAACACUGACACAAGCUACUUUACCUGUCAGCUGCAAAGACCUUUGAAGUAUGAAUGAAAGUAAUAUGAAAAUGUAAAAUUGCUUCUUGUUAUUAUAUGAGCUUAUACAUUACCGCACAAGCCUUUACACUGUUAAUACUGACAUAUCCAGAAUUGUCCAACUCGUACAUUUUCUUUACAGUUGAAGUGUUGCUUUCCAUACUGGCUAAUGAAUUAAAAUCCCACUUUUAUAUUUAAGUGAUUUAACUGGAUUUACAUAAUUUAUUAUGCAUCUCUUGUCCAACCAUUGUGUAUAUGUAGGUCUUCUGUGGAAAACAUUUACCUAUGUUUGUUUUUGAACAUGCAAGCUCUGUUCUCUUUACCCACAUUAAUAUCCUUACUGUCACUGUCAUGCUGCUCUUCAUCAUUUCUUCAU